AUGCCACCAAAAAAGAAUGCUGUGGUUCUUUCGGGGCCUCCUCGUCGCUCGUCUAGAAAGGUUGAUGAUGCACCAGUCAUAAAAUUAGCUGAGCCAUCGAAUUCUACUGCAAAUCAAGAUACUGACCGUCGAUCAACCCUUCGGGUAGUACGCAAUCCAAACCCAGGAAUUGCGGAUGCUCCACGACCCAAGCGGACAUCAGAAGAAGUAGCCAAAGAAAAGAAAAAUCAACAAACCGAACAAAGAAGGUUGGCUUUACUUCGAAAUGCUUCAAUUCAAAAGGCGGCAGCAAUCGAGGACCAGCUUCUUCAAGAGGAAAAUAGUCUGAAAGAUGACAGCUUUAGCGACUCAAGAACUCAUUUGUCUAAAGCCUCCUUCGACUCUUUACCUGAUCAAGGUACCACUUUGGAUCUACCAGGUCACGGUGACAAUGAUGAAGUACCUUUGACAUCAGGAGACAUAUCAUCGGGUGGUGGUAGUGAUGAUGAAUAUAUUGACAAGGGUUAUAUUGAGUCGGAAGAUUCAGAUGAUCUUGAUGACGGUGAAGGCUUGGAUGACGAUGCUGAGCUUGCUCAAGCAACGUCUAAGGGAAGUCGAAAGGAAAAACGGGGAAGGCUUAGAAAACAGGUUAACGCCCAUCGAUUAUCUGAUAAAAAUCAAGAACCAUCAGUAGGAAACAAACGAAAGGGGCAAACAACGCAGCCCAGCAAACCUGCAAAAAUAAAGAAGGCUAAUGUGUGUGGUAUACGUGAAGAUUGGAAUGAAGAAACAUACGAAGAGCACUUUGAUCUCAUGCCCGAUAUGGGACAAAGUCUUCCUCCUAGUUCCAAUGCUAGCGGCACCAGUGGCACUAGUGACAUGGAGGUCAACGAUGAGGACGAAGACGACGUAGAAAACAUCAAUGGGAUUAGUGAUGAUGAAAGAGAGGUAGUCGAAAGGCGUGGAAUUCUGGUUUCCAACACAUCAAAUUCCCGCGGAAAGUCUUCUAUACCUACAUCCAACCCUGCAUCUACCGGUCGCUCCUUGGCCAAAGUUGAAGCUACAACAUCGGUGCCAACAUAUAUUCCUCCAGCUUCAUUGGAUGGAAGGCUCAAACGGAAGCAAGAAAUCCGCGCUAAAGUUGACCUUCCGUCUGAGCUGAGGUUAUCAUACGAUGAGCAGUUUUCUCCCAUGCUCCGUGAACUAAUUGGCAUCAUUAAUCCUUGGGAGCGUCCAUCAGAGCAGCAGGUACUGGAUGUUUGGCAUAAAGUUUUUCCUGACGUACCUCUAGAGGGUUGGCUGAAGACAGUGGUAACCAAAUUGGUAGAAAAUAAUAUAUAUAACUGGCGUACAAAACUUGCUCAAACAGCAUCAACAUGCUUUGAGAGGUCAAUCAUUCCAGCAAUGGAAGAUCGGUCAAAAUCUGGAAUUGCAGAAUGGUGCAAAUGGGCACUCUCGGGUGACUACAAGUGUCGUCCAUUCUACUACCUAAGCUAUGAGGAGGGGGAUGAUCAGAUUAAUGCGACAGUAGGUGUUUUCCGAGGGAUAUUUCAGCACCCGCUCAUUUUAUCAACACUCGCAUACCAUUACUCCAGCAUAUCCGCGAUCCACUCUAGUGCCCGACGUGAUGACAAACCAGUAGGCGCACUGAUAAUGGCCAUUCAGGCGUCCCAUCGUGCUAUAUCUCAUUGGCUUACGGGCGAAUAUCAGAAGAUCCAACGGCCAUUGGGUGACUUCUCAAAAGACAACUGGGGGGAUAAUCUUACUCGGGAUCCAAAGUACUACCCCACGCUAUCACCCGGUUUGGUUCAAGAAAGCAAAGCUACGUCUAAUCUACUGCGUGUAGUCAAUAAGCUUACAGAUAAGCGAUGGGAAAAAAUCAUUCAGGGUGCUAUGCAGGCUACACGUAGGCACAAGAGCAUUACAAUUCAGACGAUUGCACCAGCAGCUCCUGAUGCAGUCGAGGAACCUCUCUCCGAUUUUUCUAUUGUUGAUAACGAUAACGAUAGUGAUUAG